AUGUCGGAUCUGGCUGAUCGAAAGGAUGAAGGAUCUUCAUUGCAGCAAUCUUGUAGGCGUGAUCUCCGUUCGACUGCCGCCACUUCCUUCUUGUGUGAUUUCGGCAGACAGUGUGCGUCCGACUCAGGAGCCAGGCACAUGCUCGCACUGGUUAUGUACACAUGCGCAAGUCAAAGUACCGUCUUGGAGUCAAGUCGGAUCGAAAACUGUAUCGGUCUCCUCAUCAAUGGCACACAUGGCCUCCUGACAUUCCUUCAGAAGGAUCUAUUAGACCCCUGCACCAGAAGCCCCCACCUCAACUUGGCACUGUCCCUUACUUGCGAAGCAAAGUUGGGUUUCGAGGGCAAGAAACUCAUCAACUUAACCGACAUUACGUAA